CAGGCAGGCCAGCAAGUGCUUUUAGCACUGCCAGGUGCGUUUUGUUUAUUGUGGAUCGCACUGGUGUAUACUUUCAUUUUUCAGCCGUCAAAACAUAAAACAUAUCAUUAGCACUAACUCUAAUAAUUAGCGCUUUUAAUUGGAGAUUUAUAGCGGCGUUUGGUGCAACAACACAAACGAUUAGGUUUCAGCACUAACGAUUGACCAUUUUAGAACGGACUCCGGCUAAACUGAUUAACAAUUACGAUUUUUGCUAGUACUAACGGGUGAGUUUUAUCACUAGCGAUUGACAUUUUAGCACUAACGACUGAGUUUUUUUUACUUGCAAUUGAUAUCUUAGCACUAACGACUGAGUUUUUUAACUAGCGAUUGACAAUUUUGGCACAAAUAACUCUCCAUAGUUAUUGGCGUCUACAUAUUCCCUGUUCGUUAAGACUCAAAACUUAAACAUUCAAACUUCCUCUUAUAUGAUAGGCAGCUUCUACCGGUUGUUAUCUUCAACGUGGUUCAAUUGACCGGUUCGGUUUAUUUACCCUCGAAUACUUUUUCCUGGAAGUCAGAUUUUAUGUCUCGUUUGAAUCAGUUUGAAUUUAACUCUAAUCAUUUUAUUCAACCAGGUGCUGCUUACUAAGAUAGAAUGUGAUCAAACGAACGAAGUUAAAAUAAUAAUAUCAAGGUUUAGAUCAUCAUUUUUUAAAUUUUGUUUACUCAUUGAAGGAUCUUUAUGUUGCUUCCCAUUUUGAAUCUGUUGAUUUUUAUUGGCCUUUUUCGAUUGACUGCUAAAUAUAGUCCGAUUACACAUAUAGAUUGAAAACUUCCUGUCAUUUCUCGGAACCGCACUUACAAAGGACGCUGCUGCAGCUUCUGGCUUGGUUUCAGAAGACGAACAAUUAGUGAGAGCGUAGUUGAAGUAGCAUCCAAGAACAUGAAUUCAGGACGUAAACUGCACUUUUGGAUUCUCGUUUUCUUAUUCGUGUUCUCAAUAGAAGAAGCCAUUGAUGGUGAGUAUGCGAAGGAAACCCCGAAUCACUCAUAAGUUUCACUUUCUGAGAAAACAGAACCUUUUUUGACGCAUAGAUUGCGAAUUUAUCUGGACUUUUUUGAACAUGCAGUCAUUUCAACAAUAUCAAACCAUAAUUGAAGGCAAACAAGACGGUCUGAGUGAGUUAAAUUGAUUUCAAAUGACGCUAAUAAGAACGUAGACAAAGGCAGAAUCACCGUUGUAAAACGUAAACAAAGGCAUCCUGCGACUUCCUCGGCGAGGUUUUAUCCGUUUAGUAAUUCAUGAAGGAACGGAUUGAGUAUAUUGAUUUUACAGUCGAACUAAAUCGUGAUUUCUUUUGUUUGCAACAGAACUAAAGAUAUCAUAGUCAAGUCAGUAUGGAUCUAAUCCGCUAUUCAAAUUCGGAACUCGCCCAGACGAGUCUGAACGCGUAUUGUGUUAAACCAUUCGUUUCACCAUUGAAGCGAUAACAGAAUUGAAAGGAACUUGUGAGUACUAAUUUGCUCACGAAAACAAAACCCAUACUUAACUGUAAGGAUUCAGCAAAAAACCUAUACCAAAGAGCUGAUAGAAAUCUCAUUGCAAACAGGAACAUCUAAAAUGAAUGCCGAUAUUUUUUCAAGAUGACCCGAGUUAAUGAAGUUGGAAAGCUGAGAGCAAAAAAUGUUCGUCAUGAAAAUUUCAUAUGAAUUCGACAACUAUACUUUCAUUGAUCAUUGGUACAAUUUGAAUCGUCUGUUUCUUUUCAGCAUAUCCUCAGUUCACUUGUGGAUCUCAUGGAAUAAAACAUGAUAUCAACCAAACAGGAGGUAAGGGUAAUGAUAAACUCAGAAAAAACCCGAAACCGGAAACGGAUAGAGAGUUGUAAAAUUUUCCUUUGUUAAAUUCAAGAACUAGUACGCUUCGCCGCAAUGAUCGACUAUAUGAAAAGAAAAUGGGACGCAGACCACAACCGCGAUGGCAACGAAGACGUGGCAAAACAUAAGAUUUUCUGAGAAAGGAAACCCUGAGGGCUGUUCAUAUGCGUUAUUCGGCAGUUGUUGCGCUGCAAGAGAUAGUAAACACUUCCGCCAUUCCCUCCGACUUCGACUUGCGCUUGUUCCCCACAAUUGGAUGUUAGAUCUUUUUUUUUUGUUUAGGAUUUUGCGGCCCCGAGAAAAAAAUCUUGGAAAGGAACUGAAAAAUAUCACAUCCCUGAAAGUGAUGUGAUUGUCCAAUCAAAAGCCGACGAAAGCUACUAGGAAAAAAUCCCGAAACCGCAGCGCUAAAUUAUUGACUUCCUUCAUUGUGAGUACUGUUGCACGAGCGACUCAACAAAUGUAUUGUUAGCUCAAAAGGUUUCAUGAGUGGAGAUUCCCAAUAAAAGUUUUGUUUCUCAUAGCCUUCCCUUGUGCAAAAGCGAGUUAGUAGGUCAAAAAAAAUGAAAAAGACAAGGACAGAAGCAAAACAAUACAACAAGGCGGCCGAGUUCAGGGAAGCCGGAAAGUAAUUAUCAUAAAAUGAAGAUAAUUUUUUUAACAAAACGGAAGUGCUGUGUCGGUUGGGGUCAUGAAAGAUAAUUUUUGCUUUAUCGACCGAGUCAACUACAGUAAAAAACCCGCGGAUAAGAACCUGGGUUUUAAGAAGCUGUUAGGCUAAAAUUUUCAUUUUAAACCUCCUUCACAUGACAACCUAUUAAGGCUGAAAUUUUAAGUUAGGUUCUAACCAGUGGGGUAGCUGUAAAAGUGUACAGAAUAAAUAGAAACUGAUGAAUUAAGAUCAUCAUCUGAUUAUAUUUAAAGUAACUUGACAUAAUAUUUUUUUCUUUCAAGUUAAAGUACUGUGUUGUGUGUCUAUCGUGUUUACCAUUCAAAUAAUUCUUCAAGUAUUUGCAAGUAUGGCACUCUACUAAUAUCAAAGAAAGCUUUCUGACCAUCUCUGACUCUGUAAGAAUCACAAAAUAUUAAAUAUAAAACAUAAAAAUGUAUGCCAAUGAAAUAAAUAAUGGCAAAAUAUCAAAACGAAGUAAGCUCCCAAUGGGCAAUGCUUUAAAGUGAUAGAUCCUUGAGAUACAGCAUAUCAAUUGUUUUUGCUUGUGGCUGAUAUAUAUAUAUAAAAGAUAAGAUAAAAAACACUCAUUGUUCAUACAUAUAUGACCAAUGAGGGGUUUUUUUUAUCUUGUUAAGCUUCCUGUGAUCCGCUGACUCUUACUCUUACUGAUGUUGAUAUCAUCAGCAAAGUCCUUCGUCCAUAAUUUCAUCGUGAGCCUUCCCAGAUAGGACUCAUUGGCCACAAGUCUGUAGUCCACAGGGAUUUCAACCCCUUUUCCUUUCUCAGCAUUGAGCCUAUUUCCAAUGCAUUCUGCUUCACGUUCUCCAGAAUCGUUUAGGAACUUCUGAAAGAACUUCGAUAAUUCCUUUGGUGCAUGACUAACAAGGUUUCCAUCUUGGUUUUUGACCGCCACAAGACAUUUGUCGUAAGGAUUGACGAGCUCCAUUUCGCAUGAUCAUACCUCAAGGGCUAGAGCCAAACAGUUUUUAAUUUUUUUCAUUUCUCCUAAUUGCUCGUUAAAGUGUCACAGAGAACUCCAAAAAAUUCAAUACUGUAGGUUGAUUGCUUGGAGCUGGUUAUGGAUGUACUGUAUUUAUCCCAAGAUUUUCUUGGAAACUUUGAAAUGGCAUUUCAGAGAACUGACUAUGAGUUUGUUUGACCAUAUGUUUUGUUAAGGACAUACCUGCACUGUGCUGCCUUUAGGCAUUAUGGCAUAAAUUAUUCAUAUUGUAUUAUGAGAUGAUAUUUAUAAUAUAUUUAAAUAAUAUUCAUAAGAAAAUAUAAGAACUUAUUUUAGGAACCUUGAUAGCCUAAAUUUGCCUCAAGUACCAUUUACAUAAGAACCUGUUUAGGCUAAAUUAAAAAAUCCAGGUUCCUAUACGCGAGUUUUUUUACUGUAACGUAAAUUGGCCACCGUAAAAAGUUCCUGAAGCUGAUGUUUAGCUUCUUGUUGAUGUAGAAGACGUAGGACAAGUCAAGAUAGAACAGCGCAUCAUUAACUUAUUGUUUUCCUCUUUCUUUUUUCGUUUUGUUCUUUGUUGUUUCACGUCAACUGUUCUAAGAACUUUAGCUUUAUUAACUGAGUUGAUAACGUUAAUUGGCCACCGUGGAGAAUUUUAAAGCUGACUUUUCGAGCGUUAGCCCUUCGCCGGUUGAGCGAAUGGGCUAACGCUCGAAACGUCAGCUUUAGAACUCUCUACGGUGACCAAUUUACGUUAAUCAACACAGUUGAUAAUACUUAAUUACCGUGUUACACUCUCUCACCGACGCAGCACAAAAAUUUCUUUAUAAACUUACCCCCUUUAUUCAUGUGUCUCCUAGACCUAGUAGGACCCUGACGUUCGAGCGCGAGCUCUUCGUUAGAGUGAAUUCCGCUCUGACAAAGGGCUCGAAAAAUUACCAUAAGAAAAAGCUUGACAUAAGGGUGUAGAAGUGAAUCGAUGAUUAUGUACAUAUGCGGAGUAGUUCCCAGAAACUGUCGGGUCUCACCGUUUAUGGAUUCUGCUUUUUAGGUGUCAACGUUUAAGCAAUCGAGUAUAUAUAUAUAUAUAUAUAUAUAUGUAUCUAUGAUAUAUAUACAUAUGUAUGUUUUCCUUUUUUCCAUUUUGUGUAGACCUACCUAAGGUGACUUGUCUGGCUCCAAGCCAGACUGUACACUUGGAUGCGAAUGUGCAAAUCGAGUGUGAGGUUAUCUCCAGUACUUAUGCUAACAUCACGUGGUUCCAUAAUGGAAAAUCACUCAGUGAGAAAAAUAAAAGCUUCGUGAAGAUUGACAGACUGUCCUGCGGUCAAACGCUGAAAAUAAAGUUUGCCGGGAGAGAGGAUAGAGGACAAUACACAUGUGCAGCCACUAACAAGUUUGGAACUGUCAAUAAGACAUGCUCUCUUGAUGUCAGGGGUAAGGCGUUGUAACCCUGGGCCGACUUGUUCAAAGCUGGGUUAAGAUAACCCAGAGUUGAUGUGAAAUUUGAUCUCAGAUCUGAAAGCUUUAAAAGGAAAUUCAGUAAAAUUCUUUUUGUUUACAGUUUCAUGAUUGGAUGCCACACAAAGAAUAGGUAAAAUUAUCCCGAACAGGUUUUUGAACGAAAGAGUGAAAUAACCUGGAUUAAAUUCAUUCGCGGGUUAGCGCUAAUCAGCCUUCGAACAGCUGGGCCCUGUUGUUUCACCAUGAUUUAGCUAAAAACCAUAAACUAUAAUGUUCGGUGCCCACCCCAUUUGCUGUGAUAUUUAGUGCUUCAACCAUUAGCUGUAAUGUUUGGUGACUGAACCAUUCUUAUUCUACCCGAUGCAGAUAAAAGUUACAAACCUCCUCCACAAGUGGAAUACGUGAAGAUUGAUGGUAACCGCCAAACAGCCUAUCUGCAUGGAACUGUUACACUCAAAUGUAAAUUACUUCAUGUCGAGGCUGAUGCUUGGCUGUUUAACGGCACAAGGGUCUCACAUGGUGGUCGUCACAAAAUGAUACGGGAAACCACUAAUGCCAAACAUAAAAGGCUGUUCGCCUUGAAAAUAAUUAACGUGACUGAAAAGGACGAGGGACGGUACACAUGUUUAGCAUACAGAAGUGGCAUAUACCAAACAAAAGAUCUUGUCCUCAAAACAGGUUUGCCAGACAUCUUUUAACUUUAAAAGCUGGCGUUUUGAGCGUCUGCCCAUUUGCUCUGACGAAGGGCUGACGCCCGAAAAGUCAACUUUGAUACUCUUUACGGUAGCCUAUUUAAGUUAUCAACUCAGUUGAUAACACCGAAUCUCCCUGUUAUACUCUCCCACCGACGCAGCACCAUAGUUUAUUUAGAAACUUACCCCUUUUAUUCACGUUUUAACUUUCUUCACUUAACAGUUCGAGUAAAGAAGCAUGGAAUCGAAGCCACAUAGUUCUUAUCUCCGCUGUUUCUUCUGUGCAUGGUUUGAGAAUUCAAAGAGUAACCCAAUACUUUAAAAAUUGAUUAUGUGCUAAAGUUACGACUAAGACACAGACAUCUUGGGAUUAUCUCAAAAAGAGGGCCGCAUGUGCAAAGCAACAACCCGAGUUUCCCAGACAGAUACCUCCCUAAACGUCGCAAGAAAAAAACAAUUAUUCUAGUCAAAAAUUUAUUUUUAGAUAUCUUAGAAUCGUUCAAACAGAUUUCCAAAAGAUGGAGAAAAGAGGUUAGUGACCGAGGUGUCAGCCACGAUCCAAAAUGGCCAUCGUGUUCCACUUUUUAUAUUCGAAAGGCCCAGUUAUCCUAACAAAUCACAAAACGCGGUAAAUGUCAUAACUUCCUUUAAGAAUAAAAAGAGUACGUUAUUCUAUGAAAUCCCUUUACGCUUUGAAGUAUAAAAGGUUAGAGCGGAGAUAAAACUAUUUGGUUCUAGAGCGUACUCUUCCUUUUGAGAAACUUUUACAUUCGUCAUGUGUCCGAGCUUGGAACAAUGACGAAAUCUAAGUCCCCAAAAGGAGUUCAACCCCGGACUUUUGGAUUUUAUAGAGCUUAAACAUGACGAGCCUUACAAACGCUUUCAUUCUCUUACCAGAGCCUUGUCCAAGCUGUCAUCACUGUCCUCCCGAAGGAAACCAAGCUUUUCCUAUCUGUUCGUCUCCGUCUCCGUCUCCAAUUCGUCUCUCAACAUCUGAUAACGACCAUGAUCCCAAAAGUAAGUAACGAAUGACGAUAAUUCCUUUAGAAUGAAAUGCUAUUUAUAAGAAUGCACUUAAGGAGCCCAACUAUGACGGCUUUGAGCCAGCGUGAAGUCAAAUGUACCAAAUUUUAAACCGUCGCAGGCAAGAGAAUAUCAACUGUGAUAUUCUCUUGUCGGAGGCUGAUAAAGCAGGGAUGUGAAAGGGGGAGAAUCAAUAGGUAAUAUAAAUUCAAAGUUUCUCGACACCUCGGAGAUUAAUGUCACAUAACGAUUUUGGGCUUGGUUCGAUAAGAACAUUCCACGUGCAUGUAGCUCGCAGAGACUGAGUCAUUUCUGUUUUAUUCGAGAGAUGUUUGCUAACUGUUAAAUCUGUCGUAUUAACUUUCUGAAGCUAACAUAUCGCUUGUUUUUAGAGGAGCAUGAAACAAAGGAAGUGAAUAAAAGACCCAGCCCCAAUGGCAACAGAGGAUGUAACUUCCACAAACCAGAUCCCGUGAGCAUAUUAUUGUUCGCGGUGUUAGCUUUUUCCUGAGCAAACGUAAAUAACAGCUGUAGCGCACAUUUCAAUUGAGUGUCGUAAAACCAAAACUGAGCCAAUCAGAUUAAGGGAAACUAUCGCAAUGAGAGAGAAGUCAAAGAACGAACAUGGAGAGUGUCUAAAUCGUCGGAAAAACGAGAGUGACCGAGACGUGAUCGAUUUUAGUCUUUCAUCUGAUUGAUAUGCAGAGCAAUGCGAAUUUUUUUUACUUAGCAUAAAGCAUAAUAAGACAAAAUCAAUGCAACCUCGGAUUUCUUUCGGUAAUCAACUGAAACAUGAAAAUGAAAACGUGAAAACGUCAAGUAAGAGUUCGCUGUCUGAAUAAAGCCCUCAAAGGAAUUUAAACCUUUUACUAAAACAAGAAACAGUUUUAACAUCAAGCUUUGUUAUUCCUGGAAAGUUCAGUUAUUUAAAGACAGACUACAUGAGUUGUAACUUAUUCCUUAGGCAUGAAGCAGCUUUUAGAGGAUCUCAACGGGGUUAACCGUUUAUUUAGCCGUUAGGCGUAAAAAUUGACAUGUUUUAACCGUUAGCUGUAAGAAAAGUUAACUGUAAAAAUUUUCCUUCCCUUCAAUGUGUCAUUUUGUGUCAUUUUGGGGUCACCGUAGCCGUAAAUGACCAAAAUUCCGCUCUGGCAAUGGGCUAACGCUCGAAACGCCAGCUUUUAAACUCUUUACUGUGGCCAAUUUACGUUAUCAACUCAGUUGAGAAUACUGAGUUACCCUGUUAUACUUUCCAACCGACGCAGCACCACAGUUCCUUGAGAAACUUACCCACUUCAUUCACUUUUUAACUUUCACACACUUAACUGCUAACGAAGCAUGGAAUCGAAGCCACAUAGUUCUAAUCUCCACUGAUUUUUCUGUGCAUGGUUUGGGAAUUCAAAGAGUAACCCAAUGAUUUAAAAAUUGACUUUAAAUGUGCCAAAAUUUUGACUUAGACACCGACAUUUUGAGUUCGUCUCAUUAAGAGGGUCGCAUGUGCAAAGCAACAAUCCGAGGUUCUCAGACAGAUACCUCUCUAAACAUCACAAGAAAAAAAAAUUAUUCUAGUCAAAUAUUUAUUUUUUUAGAUAUCUUAUAGUCGUUUAAACAGAUUUCCAAAAGAUGGCCAUCUCUGAACCAUCCUCUGCAGAACAACACUGACCUGAAAUCACGAAAACUAGUGUGGUCCGAGAACAGAAACCUUGACGGCUGUUCAUAUGCGUUAUGCUUAAGUUGAGGUGUUACGCUGCAAGAGAUAAUAAAAACUUCCUGCCAUUCUCCCCAGCUUCGACUCGCGCUUGUUUUCCACAAAUGGUUGUUAGAUAUUAUGUUUUUGUUUAGGAUUUUCCGGCUUCGAAAAAAAAAUCUUGGAAAGAAACUAAAAAAUAUCCUAGGAAGUAAGUUGCCACUUUUAUGGAAUCGAAUCCUUUGGUGCCAAUGUCAACGUCAGAUAAUUUCCACUUUAUCAACCGAUUCUGGGGUUAAGAUAACCCAGAAUUGAUGUGAAAUUAGAUUUCAGGUUUGAAAGCUUUUAAUAUAGUAUAUUUGAUUACAGUUUGACGAUUGUAUACCCCACAAAGAAUCAGUAAAAAUUUCCCCAAAGAGGCUUUUGAACAAAAGAACAAAAAUAUCCGGAUUAAAAUUUAUCCAUGGGUUAGCACUAAUCAGCCUUCGAACAACUGGGCCCCGUUGUUUUACCACGAUUUAGCUAAAACCAUAAAAUAUAAUGUUCGGUGCCCACGCCCUUUGCUGUGAUAUUUUGUGUUUCAACCAUUACCUGUAAUAUUUGGUGACUAAACCACUCUUACUCUACCCGAUGCAGAUAAAGAAAUCAAACAUCCUCCCCAAGUGAAAUACUUGAAGAUUGAUGGUAAACGCCAAACAGCUUAUCUGCAUGGAACUGUUACACUCAAAUGUAAAUUACAUCAUGUCGAGGGUGAGGCUUGGCUGUUUAACGGCACGAGGAUCUUGCAUGAUGAUCGUCACAAAAUGAUACGGGAAACCACUAUUGGCAAACAUGGAGGGCUGUUCACCUUAAAAAUAAUUAACGUGACCGAAGAGGACGAGGGACUGUACACAUGUAUGGGAUACAGAGGUGGCAUAUACCAAACAAAAGAUCUUUUCCUCGAAACAGGUUUGCCAGACACCUUUUAACUUUAAAAGCCGGCGUUUUUGAGCGUUAGCCUAUUCCCUCUGACGAGGGGCUAACGCUCGAAACGUCAGCUUUUAAACUCUUACUGUGGCCAAUUUACGUUAUCAGCUCAGUUGAUGAUACUUAAUUACCCCGUUAUACUCUCCCACCGACGCAGCACCACAGUUUAUUAAAAAAAAACUUACCGCUUUUAUUCACUUUUUAACUUUCGCACACUUUCAGUUUCGACAAGUCAAGUAAAGAAGCAUAAUGAUUUUGGAUUUGGUUCGAUAAGAACAUUCCACGUGCAUGUAGCCUGCAGAGACUGAGUCAUUUUUGUUUUAUUCAAGAGCUGUUUAUUAACUGUUUAAAUCUGUCGUAUUAACUUUCUGAAGCUGAUACAUCGCUUCUUUUUAGAGGAGUAUGAAACAAAGCAAGUGAAUGAAAGACCCAGCCCCAAUGGCAACAGAGGAUGUAGCUUCCACAAACCAGAUCCCGUGAACAUAUUAUUGUUCGCGGUGUUAGCUUUUUCCUAUAGCAAACGCAAAUAACAGCGGUAGCGCACAUUUCAAUUAAGUUUCGGAAAACCAAAAACUGAGCCAAUCAGAUUGUUGCACUCUGUAAUUGUCACCUUCGCACUCACAUAGGACGCACAACUAUGCAAUUAGCAUAAGCACGAGUACCGCACUUUGUAUAAAUUAUAAUGACUUCGUAAUGAAUAAAGGGUUUUGAAUAACAAGAUGAAGGGAAAGAACAUGGAGAGUGCUCAAAAAUCGCGGGAAAACGAGAGUGAUCGAGACGUGGUCGAUUUUCUUUCAUCUGAUUGGUAUGCAGAGCAAUGCGAAAUUUAUUUACUUCACAUAAAGCGUAAUAAGGCAAAAUCAAGAUUAGAUAUCUUAAAAUCGUUUAAACUGAUUUCCAAAAAAUUAAGAAAAGAGGUAAUUGAUCGAGGUGUCAGCCACGAUUCAAAAUGGCAACGUUCGUGUUCCACUUUCUAUAUUGGAAAGGCCCAGUUAUCCUAAAAAAUCACAAAACGCGGUAAAUGUCAUGACUUCAUUUAAGAAUAAAAAGAGUAUGUUAUUCUAUGAAAUCUCAAUACGCUUUGAAUAUAAAAGGUUAGAGCGGAGAUAAAAUUAUUUGGUUUUAGAGAAACUUUUACACUUUCGUCUUUGUUUCGAGCUUGGAACAAAGACGAAUUCAAAUCUAAGUCCCCCAAACGAGUCGAGCCCCCGACUUUUGGAUUUUACAGAGCUUAAACAUGACGAGCCUUACAAACGCUUUCAUUCUCUUACCAGAGCCUUGCCCACGCUGUCAUCAUUGUCCCCCCGAAGGAAACCAAGCUUUUCCUAUCUCCUUGCUUCCGUCUUGCAACAGAGGACGUAGCUUCCACAGACCAGAUUCCGUGAGCAUAUUAUUGUUCGCAGUGUUAGCUUUUUCCUCUAUCAAAUGCGAUUAACAGCUAAUCAGAUGAAGGGAAACUAUCGCAAUGAGAACAUUGCGCAGAAUUGUGUGACACAUCCGGGAUAUUUACGGGUGCAAGGGUGCUAAAUUUAAAAGACCGAGACAACAAAUGGCAUGACACAAUGAAGAAAAAUGGUAGCAAUAGGCAAAGGUCCCCCUGCGUUUAUUUUUUCACAGCUUAACUAUAUAAAAUUUCGAAAGGGUUGCAUAUGGUUUUCAAAGAAAAGAUUUUCAUAAUAAAAUAACGACCA